AAGCUAAACCAGCAACCAUUUGAGCAAGCAUCCUCGACCGAAUCCACCUCCAGCAAUGGCCGAGCACGUGAGCCACCAGGCCGGCGCAGCGGUUGGCCACGCCCAGGACACGACCGGCCAUGUGGCCCACGACGCCGCGGGCACCGCGCACGGCGCGGCGGGCGCUGCCCACGACGCCGCGGGUGCGGGAGCCAACCAGGCCGGCGGCGUGGUCGAGGAGGUCGGCGGCCAGGCGCAGCUGGUCGCCCACAGCGUCACCGAGGCCGCCGGGGGCGCCGCGGAGGCCGUCAAGGACGCCGCCGGCCACGGCGGCAACUAG